CUAUGCAGUUGACUACGGAUGCUUCCCGUCUGCUGCUUUACGCCGAAUGGACCUUGGCAACAAGCGCCUGGGUGACAUUGGAAGGUAGGGGUCACGCACCUCGAAAAGCCUCGAUUCAGCUCAAACACACUCAAGUCCUUAAAUAUUACCUUCUUCCCCACGAUACUGCUGUCCCCACCACCAUUACCAGCUCCCAGAGUUGAAACACUGGUCCUUGCUUUCUCUGCUAUUGUCAUCUGAAGUUUCUCGCCCCUGUAUCUACAUGCACUGCAUUUAUGUACUGUUCUGAGAUGAAUUUGAUUAUGUAGAUGUCUCCUGUUCAUGUCUUUGCUAGUCGCAAGACCAUACAUUAAUGCAUGGAUACUUGUUUGCGUUG